CCAAUAUGAACCCGGGCGGGGGAGGGCGGGGCCGGCGCCGCGGCGGCCAAUGGCGGCGCGGGGCGGGGUUUGGGCGGCGGCCAAUCAGCGCGCCCGGCAGGAAAAUGGCUCCUGAAAGAUGGAUUUGAUGCAUUCCGUGUUUGAGUUUGGCUUGUAGUGAAGGUAAAUCUUGUUAUGUCGGUUGUGAUUUUAAUGGUGUCCUAAGCGCGGCCGCAUGCCAAGAUGGGAGCGUGUCGCAGCCCCAAGAGGACAUUGGUAAUGGAGAAUACAGAUUAGACGGGUGUGAGCGGCGGCCACGGCGAGAGUGAGAGCGAGAGAGUAGCCAGGAUGACCGCCAUGUCGGCGGAGGAGCGCCAGCACGAGGACCUGUGCGGCGGCGGGGCGCUGAGUCGCGAGGCCUCGCCCGCCCCGGCGCGCCCCGCCCGGGCCGCCUCGCCGCUGGAUUUGAGCCGCGAGGAGGCCCUGCACGCCCACCACGCCCACGCCCGCCACGGCGACGCCCGCAGCCCCAAGGGCGGCCACGGGCGCCUCUCCUUCAGCAUCUCGUCGCUCCUGGAGUCUUCGGGGCGCGCGGCGGCGCUGCGGCACCGCCUUCUGGAGGAGGGAAGCGAGGAGGAGCGGGAGAGCGAGGGCUACGGCGGCGGGCGGGGUGAGAGGGACAGUGAGCGGGGCGAGAGGGACAGUGAGAGGGGCAGUGAGCGGGGGGAGCGGGAGGAGCGGGAUGGGGACGACCGCGAGAGGCUCAGCUGCGGCGGCAGCGAGCCGGAGGGCGAGGGCGACGACGACGAGGGCGAUGCGCGGCCCUUCCAGCCCUUCACCUACACACACAUGCCCUUCAUGGGCGCGGGGGGCCUGCUGCCGCCCUUCAACCUCGUGCCGCCCAUGAGCGCCGCCGCGGCCGCCGUCGCCGCGGGCCUGGGCUCACACGCGUCGCUGGCGCCCAUGGGCGGCCCCGGCAGCGUCAUCCGCGUGCCCGCACACCGCCCCUCUAUGGGUGGCGCCUCGCCGGGCGGCGCCCUGGGUAGCAUGCUGCCCCACAUGGGCGGCGCGCCCCUUCCCUGGCUGGCGGGACUCACACCCCUCGAACGGACGGCGGCCAUGGCGCACCACCUAUCGGCCCUGGCGCCCAUCACAGAUUGCUCGUCUAACUUUGAACGAUCGUGGUUUGGUCCGUUCGGGUUCCCCAGGCGGAUCGGGCACCCCUACCAGUCCAGGACUCCCCCCAAGAGGAAGAAACCCCGCACCUCCUUCACCAGAGUCCAGGUGAACGAGCUGGAGAAGCGGUUCAACAAGCAGAAGUACCUGGCGUCCAGCGAGAGGGCGCAGCUGGCCAAGCAACUCAAGAUGACGGACGCCCAGGUCAAGACGUGGUUUCAGAAUCGGAGGACGAAGUGGAGGAAAACUCACUCGUGUUUCUCCCCCAGGCGCCAGGAGGCAGAGGACCGCGAGCAGGAGCGCAAUGUUACCAACCGUCUCAUGCUGGGGAUCUCCGCCGAGGGGUCCGCCAAGCCGCUCUACCCCAGCUCCGACGACUCCUCCCUCACGCCUCUGCCCUCCGUACAGGUCCAGAACGCCAGCCCGACCCUCCCCGGCGUGUGAGGGGGGCGUGCAGGGGCGUGGGAGGGCGUGCAGGAGGGGGUGAAGGAGGGGUAGAGAGACACCCCCUUCGUGGAUGUUUGUAGAGUUUCAGCCUCCGUGUGUGAUUUGGUUUCCUCCUCCUCCUCCUCCUCCUCCUUCUCCUCCUCCUCCUCUUCCUCCUCCUCCUCUUCUCCUUUCCUUCCUCACUCUCCUCAAUUCCUACUUCACCCUCGCUGCGGAUGGAAGGAAGUGAAGAUAGGAAGGAGGAGGAAGAAGGAGGAGGAAGAAGGGGAGGAAAUGACGAGGAAAGAAGAAGGAAGAGAAGAAGAAACAGGAGGAGCAAGCGGUGUAGGAGGUUCACGCGGCUUCUCCAGAAUGAAUACACACCUGAAGGACACCUGGCGAAGGAUACCAGAGUCCUAGGAAGGAUUAAGGAAGGAAGGAGGCAAGAGUCGCAUCCUUCACCCAGUACGGCCGCUCGUAAGUCUUAGGUGAGACUCCCCUCAGAGAGUAAUGCCGCAUAGAAAACGAGACACGGGUGCUGACUGGAAAACGGCGCUCAGCAGAAGAGUGGCGUGAUGGCAGGUGUGUGUAGGUGUGUGUGAACAGGUGUGUGUGAAGGUGUGUGUAGCGUUGUGAAGAAUGAGUGAAGUAAAAAAGAAAGAAAGAAAAGGUGAAGAAGAGAGAAAACGAAGAGGAGAAGAGAUGAAAAGUGACAAUAGAAGUUAAACAAAUGACAGCGGAAGAAAAUAAAUAAUAAGCAAGAUUGAAGUUGUGAACAGAAGUAAAAUAGAAAAGUAAGAGAAGUGAAGAUAAAUUGAAAACAAAAAUCGUCUCUCAGUGCAGAAGAGACGAAGAAAAUGGGAAAAAAAAGAAAACAAAAGACAGUAGUAGAAAAAAAAUAAACGGGUGAGACUAAACAGAAAACAAUAGAUAGGUUAAAAAUAGACAGCUAGUGAAGACAGUUAACUAAAUAGAAACCCAGAGAAGUGAAGUCAAUUUAGCGACAUUAAAUAAAAAAAAAAGAAGCAAGAAACAGGUGCGGCGGAACGGACAAUAAGUGAUAGGAGUCCCCCACUUGGCUGCCGCUAUAGACGACGCAAAGAUACAAAUCCUUCUCAGUUCCCGUGUGUGUAGUCGAAACCUUUAAUACCGUAACGACACUCGCCACACUCCGACUUUCGCUCGUCUUUGUACUCCCUUAACGACUCAUAGUAACUCUCCUUUACUUUCCAGCAUUAAACUAGACGUGUAAAUCCGGUGGUCAGGCUGCUGUAAGAGGUUCCAGUCCUCCGUAUAGGGUGUUGAAGGCGUCCCCCAGUGUACAUAUACAGUAUUGAACCCUAUAAGUGACUCCCCCCUCCCUCCCUCCCUCCCCCCCACCUCCUUACACACACGCAUUUACACUUGUUUAUGGACACGCAACAUCAGGUGUGAGUUUGAAGUGAGUUAAUUGCACGAGAAAGUUGAAGAGGUACUUUUUUCUUAGCAAUGUUUUAUUUUUAGUGUUUAAGUUAGUGGGAUUUAAUUGUUCUGUAGAUGUCGUUAUUUAUUUAUUCAAGUUUAAAGAUCAAGUGAGUUAUCUUUUUAUUAUAAUUAAAAGUAUGAUUUCGUAACUAAAGCAAUACAUUCAAGCCUAUGAAAAACAUCCGAUCUGGCUUCAAUUAUGAAAAAAAAACAGAAAAUAAAAAAGUUAAAAGAUAAACAACAAAAAAACAAACAAAAUAACUCACACGUUCCUUUUUCAAUUGUUUACUUCACUGAUAGAAAGAAAAAGUUAACAUACUUCCUCGUUAUUAUUUCUUUUGUCACAUUUUGUUACCUGUCUUAUUAAUCACUGCAAGAUGUCACUAAUUAAGAGCCAGGUGUCACAGGUGAGCGGGCGCCUCUACAGGUGAGGAGGUACUGACAGAGGUGAAUGUUUAUAUAUCCGAAUUUUUAUCACAGGUGUCCUUAAAUAUUACUAACUUAGGUAUAUGUGUGUGUGUGUGUGUGUGUGUGUGUGUGUGUGUGUGUGUGUGUGUGUGUGUGUGUGUGUGUGUUUUGUUACUUGUAUUAUUCAUGUUUAAAUAAUGGAUAAGAGAGAGAGAGAGAGAGAGAGAGAGAGAGAGAGAGAGAGAGAGAGAGAGAGAGAGAGAGAGAGAGAGAGAGAGAGAGAGAGAGAGAGAGAGAGAGAGAGAGUAAGGAAAAUUAAAAGAAAAACGAAAGAAGGAAAAGUAUAAAGGGAAAAGAGAUAAAUUGGUAGAGAAACUGGUGCAAUGAAGGGAGAUAAGGAGAAGGAGAGGAAGAAGGAGGAGAAGGAGGAGGAGGAAGAGGGAAAACCAGAGGGGCGAGGUUUCAGAUAAGGAAGAAAAGAGAGUGGGAGGAGGAGGAAGAAUAAGAAGAGAAGAUAGGAACUUGAGGGAGAGAGAGAGAAGAAAGGUUUAGAUAAGAAGAAAGGGAGGAGGAGGAGGAGGAUGAGGAGGAGGAAGAGAGGGAGAUAGGAAAUAAACUGAGAAACAAACUGAUGGAAGAAGAGAAAAGAAUUAAAUAAGAAAAGGAAAAAAAAGACAAGUGGAAGAUAAGUAAGAAGAAGCAAAAUCAUAAAACAGGAGGAAGAAAGGAGGGAGGAGGAAGAAGAAAAUGAAGGAGAGAAGGGAGAAGAUGGAGGAGGAGGAAGAGGAGGAGGAGGAAGAAGCUCCAAACCAGAACGUAAAGUAUUCACACUAUCACAGCAAAGAGAGGGAAGGAAGGAGGGAAGGCAGACAAGGAGAGAAGAAGGAAGGAGGGAGGAAGGAAGAAAAAGUUAGCCUGCCUCUUCCCGCUUUGAGUAAUGUAUCGACAGGAAUCUCCUUUUGUGGUCUGGAGGAGGAGGAGGAGGAGGGAGAUGAUGUGUUAUGAUAAUUUAUAGAUACCUUCACGGAGAGUAAUAAUAGAGUCUAGCUGAUACAAAGACAACCACCUCCACCAUCACCACCUCCACCUCCACCACCACCACCCACCUCCUUCUUACCAACUCUCCCGUCCCCUCCAACACCACCAUCAUCUCCAAAUAUUUUUCUCCCGCCCUCUCCAUCACCACCACCACCACCAAGAACACCACCACAAGUACCGGAGUCACAGUUAUCACCACCACCACCACCACCACCACCACCAGUACACUACCACAAUCACCACCAACAACACUAAAAAUAACAAUGACACCACCACCAACAACAACAACAACAACGCAGCACCUUCCAAUGACACCCAAUCACAACACAACACAACACUAUCUCUCUCUCCAUCCCCUCCUCCCUCCUCUCCUCUCCCCCCACCGAACCCACCCUCCCGCCUCCACCUUCACCUGUCCAUAUCCACCUGCCAGUGUUGCCAAUCGUUCCCCGCGUCAGUUCAGUCACCUUGAGUCGGCUAAUUGAAGUGUUGCAGCGACGAUGACAACGCAACUUGACUCCUCUCCUUCAGCAGCAACACAGAGGUCAGGGUUAAAGGAGGAGGAGGGGGAGGAGAAGGAGGAGGAGUUGGAGGCAUGAAAAGUUUAAAGAAUGAAGGUAAAAGUAGAAUGAAUUAAAGAUAGUGGGUGAGCUGAGUGAUGUAGAAAGGAAGGAUAAUAAAGAGAGGGAAGAGUGUGGAUGAGAAGGAAUUAGGAAAGAAAGAAAAGAAUAAACGAGGAAUAGGAGAGAUGGAUGCAGGAAGAAAUAAGGAGAUGCGAGAAGAGAGGUGGUGGAGAGGAGAAAGAUAAGGAAGGUGAGGAAGAAAAAAAAAAGGAAGGAGAGUAAGUAAAAAGUGAGGGUGUGAAGAUGGAAGAAAAAAAGUGAAGAUAGGAAAUAAAAGAAAGAAAAAAAUAUAAACGGAAAAUGUCAGUAAAGUGAGUGUAUUUUUGUGUGUGUGUGUGUGUGUCUGUGUGUGUGUGUGUGUGUGUGUGUGUGUGUGUGUGUGUGUGUGUGUGUGUGUGUGUGUGUGUGACUGCGCAAAAGAUGAAGAUAAAUUACUAUGUUCUCUUCUGUGUACCGAUGAUAAACACACACACACACACACAAACCCCACCCCCAUACACGGAGGCAGGGAGGGAAGGAGGGAGGGAGGAAAGGGGAGGCAGGGGCAGGAGGGGAGAACGGAACAAGAGAUAGACAGGACUAGGACGUGUCAGGGAAGGGAGAGAAAAAAAUAAAUAGGAACAAGAAUAAGUCUGUUUCGGUUUUCCGGCGUCCGUAGCGAAUACAUAACACUAGACGACCCCGAUACUACUAAUGAUAAUGAUAGAUGUAAUAAUAAUGAUAAUGAUAGUGAGGAAAGGGUAACAGGACCUCCCCAGCCGUCAUAGUAUUCGUUCAAGCACGUGUUCGAAACCUUAUGAAACACCGUCGAUUCGUGAUGCAACUCGUUUCAUUCAUGUAUUUUUCCUUUUUUUUUUUUUCUUCUUUAGUUUCGUGAAAUUUCUGUAUCCAUACCAACAAUUUAAUGUAAGGGUAAAAAAAGCUUAAGUUACCUCUCCAUCCCCGAAAAAAAAAAGAUAAACACAACUUUCAUUUUUUUUCGUGAUAUUUCUGUGUAUAUAAAAACAAUAGUAUAAAGGGUGUAAAGAAUAUUAAGUUACCCCUUCCACCAUGAAAAUACACAUAUAAAUAAAUAAAUAAAUAAAUAAAUAAAUAAAUAAAUAUAGAUAAGAAAAUGCAAAUAAAAAACAAAGGUGUAACACAUUCAGAUUGUCUUUGUAACAUUCUUUUUGUAUCUAACGUUUGAAGGAAUAGUUUGUGUGAGUCCCUCCUUCUGAGCCCUAUUUGCCCCUACCCCCGAAAAUAUUGAGGUUCUAUUCCCCCAAAAACACCGACCCCCUUAAAGCAGGAAAGUGAGCCCUUUUUGCUACAGUUGAGUGCUUUGAGGAUUGAUGAAACACCUCUCCUCAGAAUUACCCCAUUAUGAAAGAAAAAACAAUCGAAACACUUCCUCUAAUCUAUCAGACAACACAAACCAUCACAAAAUUUAUCAGUCAACAGAACCCAUUAGAAGGUACAUAACUAUCAUACAACACAAGCGGUUACAACUUGUUUCAGGCAUUAUUAGCCAUUCCAAAAAAAUAUAUAUCAGACAAAAUAGGUCAUUACAAAAAAAAAAAAAAAAAAAAAAAAAUUACACAAGCCCAAAAAUUUAGAAUGAAAAUGACUUCGAACAGAACCCUCUUUAAAAUUUGAUCCUCUCAAAUAAACUAAACCUACGUCAAAGAAAAAUGAACCCCUCUCCUGAAAAUAAACCUCCAUCUCCUUCCCCCUCAAAUAAAAAUCUCCCAUCCAUAAAAAAAAUAGACCCAUAAGUGUUUUAGGUUCUUUAUAAAUGUGUACAUGUAUCCGUUUUCUAAUUUCCUUCACCAUCCUUUAUUAUUAUUAUUAUUAUUAUUAUUAUUAUUAUUAUUAUUAUUAUUAUUAUUAUUAUUAUUAUUAUUAUUAUUACUAUUAUUAUUGGUAUUGUUUACCUCAUUUACGUUUUUUUUUCUGCGAAGAUGAAACAAACAUCCCGAGCUCUGUAUUAUACUUUCCGCAGCUUCGCAAUACGUUUCUUCGUUGUCAUUGGCUGUUGUGUGUGUUAUCCAUCCCUGUCACGGUGUUAUGAUGUCCCUUCCGUCUCUCCGCGUCCUCUAGUUUCGUAUUAAUCUUCCUUUUGUAAUAAUCUUCAGUGUUUACUAAUUUCCCGUGUAUCAUCAUUACGAGAUUAGGGCGACAGGAAAAUGGAUCUCUGUCUUUCUUUUCGUUAUUCAGUUUCAAUUUGUCGUUUUUCAUUGAUAGGUUUAAUGUCCCGUUUUUAUUGGUAAUUUAUAUCCCUCGUUUUUCUUUGUGUAUGUAUUUUUUUCUAUGUGGGCUCAAAACGUAUUUUCUUUCUUUAAAUGAAAACUACUUAUUUAACAAAACAAAACAAUCGUCAGAAUCUUAAAACACUAUAUGUACAAUUAUCAUUUUUUCUUUUUUGCAUUGCCUACAAAUUUUCCUUCUCGCCAUGAUAAUUAUAUAUUUUUCAACAAGUGUUCCGAAUCCACGUCAACACAACAAUUUUCCUCAUUUCAUAACACCUAACAAACAUUAUUCUCCUUUAUGUUUUGCCUUGCGUCAUGACAAAGUUUUCUUCUCGCCAUUAUAAGUAUUUUUCAACCGUGUGUUCAGUCUCUUAUUACUCGUAACACAAACUUCCUCACUUUAAAACAACAAACAGUAUCAUUCUCCUUCAUCUAUAUUCUCCUUUUGCCUUGACUCAUGACUAAAUAUUCUUUCCACCAUCAUUAUUAUUUUUUUCACCAGCGUGCUCCGACUUCUCACUUUACAGGGCAAUCAUUUUAAUCACUCCAGAUCAUCGCGUCAUAGCUCUCCUCUUACUUUCCACGGGUCACGCCGUUAAGCUAUCGCGCUACGGCCGGCAAGACGCUGUAAACAUUGUGUAUUUGUUUUGUUUCUGUCUGUCCGUCACGGUGUGUGCGGACGAUAUUUCACGGACAUUAUGCGCGAUCUCUCUCUCUCUCUCUCUCUCUCUCUCGUUCUCCUCUUUUUUUUUUACUUUUUCCUCUCUUUUACGUUAUUUUUCUCCUCUUUUUCUCAUCUUUCUCCUGUUUAUCUUUAAUUUUAUCUUUUUUCUCUUUUUUUCACCUCUUUUACUUAAUUUUUUCCUUUUUUCUCAUAUUUCUCCUGUUUUUCUAUAUUUUUAUCUUUCUUCUCCUCUUUUUUCUUUCUGUUUUAUCCUAAUUAUGUGCAAAUACUCCUCUCAUUUAGCCCAGCGCGGUCCAUUACGCACUUUAUCUUGUUAAUGGCAGCAAGCAACAUUAUUUCCAUUAGCGGCACUAACGCCCCCAUUAUGUACUUGAGUUUCCUUUUAUCGUGUGCAAAUAAUAUUACUCUCAUUUUUUUUUUUAGUAGGUUACGGCAACGUGUGUGUAUUCAUUCCCUUGUUCUUUUCAUUAUUAUUAUCAUUAUUUUUGUUAUUAUUAUUGUGGUUGUUGUUUUGACUACUACUACUACUACUACUACUACUACUACUACUACCGCUACUACUACCACUACUACUACUACUACUACUACUACUACUACUGCUACUACUACUACUACUUCUACUACUACUACUACUACUACUCCUACUCCUACUACUAUUUUUACUACCACUACUACUACUACUAUUACAAACUAUCUAUCUAUAUCUAUCUUUCUACCAGUUUAUCAACCGAUCAAUCUAUCUACCACUAAUAAUCUAUCAUUCUGUCAAUCCAUUUUUCACCAUUGCCGUUGCUAUAUUAUAAUUGUUUUUAUUAUCAUUAUUAUCUCCAUUAUUAUUUUUAUUAUUAUACUUUCUCUCCUUUCUAACCACUGUCAAACUAUCUACCAAUCUGUCAAUCUCUUACUCUUUCCCAUACCAUUACAAUUACUAUUUAACAUUACUUUCGAUUUUUUUGUUUUUAUCGUUGUUAUCAUCCAUAUCUCCUCCGCCUCCUCCCCGUGUGCGCCCAGUCCUGUCUGUCCUCCGCGUCCCGCUUGCCGUGUGUUCCGAGACGUGUUAGCGUAGGAGCCCCUAGCUAGUAACAUCCUGGAGCCUGUACAUACUGGUCUUUGUAAUAAGGAAUAAACGGCGAAAAAGUAA